AUGCAUUGGGAGGUCGGUGCUGUAUUUCUGAUUUGGUGGUGUUUAAUCGCCUCUGCUGUUGCAAAAUGCGAUCUUCAAUUGUGUGGAACGCAGAAUGUAAGUUACCCACUUUGGAUAGACGAUCCAAGUUGUGGGUACCCUGGUUUUCAGAUCAAAUGCAUGGAGAAGGAGAAUGAGAAUGGGAAUUCUAGCAAGGAGUUCGCUCCAUUUCUUGGUGCUCUUGUGAAUGGCGCGGAUACGGACUUAGAGAUCCUGCACAUCAAUUACACGGGCUCUCUGAUCAUAAACUCCACUUCUCUAAAAGCCAUGUCGUGUAAUGAAACAGAUGAUGCUUCUGUGCUGUUUGAGUUACCUGCAAAUGGCCCCUUCACCAUUUCCUCUAUCAACAAAUUUGUGGUCAUUGGUUGCAGAUCAAAUGGUUCUUUCACACUUGAUGAUGGGCAGGGGUACUGUGAAUCUGCAUGUCUUAAUCAAUUUGAUCCAAAAUACUGCAACGCUUAUGGGUGUUGUGAAGCUGGUAUUCCAGGAAAACAUAGGACGAUAAAUUUCACUGGCGGGGGAAUUAAGUAUAAGGACUUUCCGGGGGUGUGCGGCUUCUCUACCAAUCUUGAUCCACUUACUUGGGACCUUCCUGAGCACGAAUUUGGCCAGUUGGCCAGGGGACAUUACGGCCUCCUGCUCCAGUGGGGCAUCGACCAUGGAAAUUGCUCAAUUGUCAAAGGAACAGCCAAUUACUCGUGCGCCACGGAAGCCGAAUGCAUCGACUCUCCAACAGGGGACGCCCACACAUGCAAAUGUUUUCCGGGCUACGAAGGGACUGGUUACUCUAACAGCACCGGUUGCACAGAUGUGGACGAGUGCAGUCUCGGAGAUUUGAAUCAGUGCGUUGAACCAUCGGCCGGUGGGCUAUGUACCGAUUUGCCUGGUUCUUACAAUUGUUCAUGUACAAAGGAUUAUACUGGCGAUGGCUUUCAAAAUGGGACAAGAUGCCAGCCGCCGAGCUCAAACAACUCCCUCAUACCUGCAGUUAUAGGAUUUGUUUCUUCAUUGAGCGGAAUUACGUUUGGAGUGGCUGCAUCAUUUUGGUGGCUGAGGAGGCGUCAAUUGAAAUAUGCUGGGGAUAAGAAUUUCAUAAAGAAUGGGGGUGUUGAGUUGCAUGAACGCAUUGUAUCAAUGGGAGGAAGAAAGAGCCUACGAAUGUUUUCUGAAAGAGAGUUAGAGAUAGCCUCCAACAAUUACUCAAUAGAGUUAGGAAGAGGCGGCUUUGCCACAGUGUACAAAGGAGUUCUCUCAGAUGGCAUGCAUGUGGCGAUCAAAAAGCCCAAAGCACUUUCCCCCGAGUUCAUUAACGAAAUUGUGAUCUUGUCCCACAUCAAUCACAGAAACGUAGUGAAAUUGAUCGGUUGUUGUCUCCGUACUCAACUUCCAUUGCUUGUAUAUGAAUUUGUGCCAAAUGGGACACUCUUUCAACAUCUACAAUCAUCAGACAAGAACUUUACUUGGGAAAGAAGGCAACAGAUCGCCAUAGAGACUGCAGAGGGUGUAGCAUACGUGCAUCGUGAAGCCUCACAGCCCAUUUUCCAUCGAGACAUAAAAUCCUCAAAUAUUUUGCUAGACGACACAUUCACACCCAAAGUAGCAGACUUUGGUAUUUCUCUUCUACGACCUUACGAUGAAACCCAUUUCAGCAUCAUGAUUCCAUCGGGCACUCCAGGUUAUAUAGACCCUGAGUUCGUGAGGAGCAACCAGUAUACAGACAAGAGUGACGUUUACAGCUUUGGUGUAGUUUUGGUGGAGCUUCUCACUGGUCUACGACCUGUGUUGUCUGUACAAGGAUCCAUGUGUCCUUUGUAUGACCAUUUCCUCUCCACAAUUAAUGGCAACCGUCUUAGAGAAAUUUUAGAUGCUAAUGUAGUGAAAGAGGAAAACCUAGAGCAAAUGGAAAAAAUGGCAAGGUUAGCAAAAGCAUGUUUGCAAGUGAACCCAAAAGAAAGGCCAUCCAUGAGAGAGGUGGUGGAGGAACUUGCUUGGAUUAGAGCCGCCACAAAACAGACGAGACCUUUUGGAGAUGUCACUCUUGUGGAGCAUUCCGGUGAUCCAAAAAAUGAAAGACUGAAUUAUAAUACUUUGGCAGCUACUUGUCCACCCGUUACAGUAAUUGCUUUAGAGGACACUUCCACUCCAUUGAUUCGGAUUGAAAUGUCAGAUAUGUUUGAACGGUGA